UUAUCUAGCAGUGUUAGACUUGUCAUCUAACAACCUUUCUGGGAAAAUUCCAACCAGCACACAACUGCAAAGUUUUGAUAACUCGAGCUAUGAAGAAAAUCUUGGCCUAUGUGGAGAACCACUUGAGACAAAGUGUCCUGGGGAGGAAGAACCUCAAGAAUCAGUUAAACUCCAAGAAAAUACUGAUUCAAUUCUUUCUAAGGAGUUUUAUUGCAGUAUGGGGUUUGGAUUUGUUGUUGGAUUUUGGGGAAUUUUUGGGCCAAUACUUUUUAAUCGCUCCUGGAGGCACGCGUACUUCAAGUUUCUCAACAAUUUGACUGAUUCUAUCUAUGUUAUGGUUGUAAUGAAGGUGACAAAGUGCAAUAGGUGGCUUAGAGGUUAUCUGGAGAAACUACAGUGAACAUCUUCAAGCUCAAAAGUGGGGCUACAUGUAGAGCAGGAGACAUGAUGGGCUAAGAGUUUGCUAGAAGACCAAGAUAAACUGAUUGCAAUGUUCAAGGUAGGAGAUCCUCUGUUUCUGGAUUCAGGACAGAGUAACGUGUUGUGGUUAUGCUUUCUCUUUCCACGUCACUAUUUUUAUCUUUCUUUUGUUUGUCAAAGAUAACAUUAAUUAAUUUCUUUGUCAAAAAUAAAGAAAAUUAAUUUAUUUCUUGAAGGCAUGCCUGCUUUUGGUGCAGCAUAAUUUAUUAAUUCUUAAGUCAUUUUAGCUAACCUAUUGAAGAACGAUACAUGAACUUAUAUAUAGAAUUACACCUCCUAAUUAGUUAAUUAGUAUUGAUGCUACUUCAGUCUAAGACAAUUUUAGGUGUAUAAGCACCCCCUCGUGCAUUUUGCUUGUCCAGUGUCUUAUUCCAUUAUUCUUGUUUCUUUUCCAAACAUUCCCAAUGUUUCAUAUAAAAAAGAAUUUUCAUCAUUAAAAUUUUUUAUUAUAACUAUCUAGUACCCAAUGUUUCUUAUCAUUUUAAUACCAAAAUUUGUUUUUAAUAUAAUUUCUACUAUUUGUAAAAUCCAAACACAAAGACCGUUUUCUAUCCAAUAUAAAUUUACUUUUUUUUUUUUAAAUUAAGGUGUGGCGGAAGGGGAAUUGAAGAUUUGUUUUUUCCCCCUGCCAGAAGGCAAAGUUGUUUUGUACUUGAUUAUAAAUUGAUUGUGAAUUAAUUUUUGUUAGUCACUUAAUUAUGUUAUUUUCUUGUUCUUGUUUUUUUCCCCCUUGCUGUUUUUGUUAGUAAUAAUCACUCAUCUUUUUCUUUUAACGAGGUUGAUAAAUUCGCGUGAAAAGAUAUUUUUGAGAGUUUAGUAUUGUGAAGACAUAAAUUUUUCAGCGAAACUCUUGGGGAAGCGAAGAAAAUUGACAAGGUCAGUUAUAUUCACGGUUUAAGGAAUUACAAGCAGUCACAUACCACCCACUCCCUGACUCCCACUUGCCUCGUUUUCUGUCCAUUUUCCUUUGAUCUCCACUCACGCCAGGUCCUUCUUCUUCUUCUGAUGCGAGACAGAAAUCGCGUGUUAUCCGAAUCAAAGAAGAGUAAACAACUCUCUCAUGCGUCCAACCCAAUUCAAUCUCCGGAUUGUAGUUAAUCCGGUGUUGCAGCUAUGCCUACCGCCGUCUGUUGCCGUUCAUCCUCUCUUCCUUCCGCCUCUCUUUUCCUGCCCGACAACUCUAGGGUUUCGCUUCUGAAGCGUCCCUUAGUCCGGCUAUCGCUUCACUGGACCUCCCCUCGUCUUCGAUUUCAAUCCAGGUUUCCAAUUAACAAAUGGAGAGUUUCCUGUUAUAGGCAUGAAAACUUUUCAUCUGAGGAUCCUAGCUCAGAGCUCACUGAGGAUGCAUUUUCAGAAGAUUUGGUGAAGUCCAACUGUGACCAAUCCAAAGACGUAAAUAGAGAUUGGCUUUCAAAUAUUCAUAAGGGUGCAAAUGCAAUUCUUGGCAUGGAACCUUGGAUAGUCCCCUGGACAGGGAAGACCAUUAUUCAGGUUAUGCUGCUAUGGAUUGCGUCAUUUUGGUUAGUAGGAUCCUGGAUAGUUCCGUUUCUGUCAUACACAGCAGGGUUCAGAAAAGAGUCUCUUACACACAGAGGACAGGCUUUGUACAGCCUCUUGACAGAUUUUGCUGAAGGUUUGGUUGGGAUAGCAAUACUUCAGCGCUGUCUCGCAAAGUUUCAACCACUUCCAUCCGACUGGUUCCAAUUAGGACUCAAAGGCAAAUGGCUGUUUGAUGUUGGUAUAGGCUGCUUCAUGUUCCCCCUUAUCAACCAGCUGUCCCAAGUGAAUCUAAAUUUACUGCCCAUUCUUCCAUCUACUCCUGUGACUAUUUCAAGUGUAGAACAAUCAAUUGUGGCAAGAGACCCAGUGUCCAUGGCCCUAUACGCAGUGGUGGUCUCAGUUUGUGCCCCCAUAUGGGAAGAGAUCGUCUUCCGAGGUUUCCUACUUCCAUCUUUAACAAAGUAUAUGCCUGUAUGGUGUGCCAUACUAGUUAGCUCUGUUGCUUUUGCCUUGGCACAUUUUAAUUUGCAGAGAACGCUGCCUCUUGUAUUUCUUGGCAUGGUGAUGGGUGUUGUGUUUGUAAGGUCCAGGAACCUCUUACCAUCAAUGUUGUUGCAUAGUUUGUGGAAUGCUUUUGUAUUUCUUGACCUCAUGAAAUGAAAGAUUGUACAUGAUUUUUCCAGCUUUA